AACCUUAGUGCUGUUUAUUGUCAAAAUAGAAAUGCCUUGAUCUGCUUCAGAAAAAUUCCAGCAUAGGCAGAAGACACUUCCCGAGCAGACAGGAGACGACGCGAUUCUUUCGGGAUGUUUGACGGCUAUGAUAGUUGUAGCGAGGACACCAGCAGCAGCUCCAGUUCAGAUGAGAGUGAAGAGGAGGUUGCUCCUUUACCAUCCAGUCUCCCAAUUAUAAAGAACAAUGGACAGGUCUAUACUUAUCCAGAUGGCAAAUCUGGCAUGGCUACAUGCGAGAUGUGUGGAAUGGUUGGUGUCCGUGACGCUUUUUACUCUAAAACAAAACGCUUCUGCAGUGUGUCAUGCUCUAGAAGCUAUUCAUCCAACUCCAAGAAGGCCAGCAUUCUGGCCAGGCUUCAGGGUAAACCUCCAACAAAGAAGGCUAAAGUCCUACAAAAACAACCCCUAGUGGCUAAAUUAGCAGCAUAUGCUCAGUACCAAGCAACUUUACAAAACCAGGCAAAGACUAAAGCAGCUGUCCCUGUGGAAGGUUUCAGCUGGGGUAACUACAUCAACAGCAAUAGCUUUACAGCAGCUCCUGUUACCUGUUUCAAACACGCACCUAUGGGGACAUGUUGGGGUGAUAUCUCAGAAGGAGUGCGAGUGGAGGUUCCAAACACUGACUGCAGCCUACCUACCAAAGUCUUCUGGAUAGCUGGAAUUGUAAAAUUAGCAGGCUAUAAUGCUCUGCUAAGAUACGAAGGCUUUGAAAAUGAUUCAAGUCUUGACUUCUGGUGCAACAUUUGUGGGUCUGACAUCCACCCAGUUGGUUGGUGUGCAACCAGUGGGAAGCCGCUAGUCCCUCCUCGAACCAUCCAACACAAAUACACAAACUGGAAAGCUUUUCUAGUGAAACGACUUACUGGUGCCAAAACACUUCCUCCUGACUUUUCUCAGAAGGUGUCUGAGAGUAUGCAGUAUCCAUUCAAAGCUUCCAUGAGAGUAGAAGUUGUUGACAAAACACACCUCUGUCGGACGAGGGUGGCGGUGGUGGAGAGCGUCAUCGGGGGGCGCUUACGGCUGGUCUAUGAGGAGAGUGAAGACAAAACUGACGACUUCUGGUGCCACAUGUACAGCCCACUCAUUCAUCAUAUUGGUUGGUCUCGAAGUAUAGGACACAGAUUCAAAAGAUCUGAUAUUACAAAGAAACAGGAUGGACAUUUUGAUGCACCCUCACAUUUAUUUAUGAAGGUAAAAGAGGUUGAUGCAGCUGGAGAAUGGUUUAAAGAAGGAAUGAAAUUGGAAGCUAUAGACCCCUUAAACCUUUCAGCAAUAUGUGUGGCAACUAUUAGAAAGGUUUUAGCAGAUGGCUAUCUUAUGAUUGGGAUUGAUGGCUCAGAAGCAGCAGAUGGGUCUGAUUGGUUUUGUUACCAUGCCACUUCCCCUUCUAUUUUCCCUGUUGGUUUCUGUGAAAUUAACAUGAUUGAACUAACUCCACCCAGAGGUACAUAUAGCAUUCUGACCACAUUUUAUUUUGAAUAUUUUUCAGUGAUACU